UUUGCCAUUAUUUUUUAUUUAUAUACUACUUUUGUAUCAAAUUCUUUAUUUCUGAGACACAUAUGUUUGUUAUCUCGACUGGUGGCGACCAAUCAGAAGUGAAGAUUCAUGCAAUCACAUUUAGUGAUAUCGCAUGGUAUUUACAUUCACCGGCAUAUCUAUCAUCACUGCGUUCAUGGCAUAACUUUUUUUUUCCCCUCUGCGUCACUUGGACGGAUUCGGUUGGAGUCGCGUUGUUUCGACAUACCGUAUGCGAGCCAUCGUUUCGGAGUGGCAUAUUUAACAACAAAUCAACGAGAUCGUUCGUGCAUAAGGUGCAACAAUGGGACGUUACAGGAGUCGUAGUCGCGAUAGGGAUAGGAGACGCAGAUCGCGCACUCGUUCGCGGAGUAGGUCACCGCGCGACAGAAGGAGCUGGGGCGGCAGCGGAGGACGCGACAGACCCUCCAGCAGUCGCAACAGUCGCGGGCAACCGGGUGCGAAUCUAAGAAAACCACGGUGGGAUCUCAGUCGGUUGGAACCCUUCAAGAAGGAUUUUUAUAUUCCCCAUGACGCAGUGCAGAAUCGGGAUCCUCGUAUAGUGGAGCAAUAUAGGGCGGAAAAGGAAAUCACUCUUAGAGGCAAGAAUAUUCCAAAUCCUGUUUUCGACUUUGACGAAGCUGGCUUUCCAGAUUAUGUUCUAAGAGAAAUCAAGAGACAAGGUUUCAGCGAACCUACAUCAAUCCAAGCCCAAGGAUGGCCUAUUGCGUUAAGCGGACGAGAUAUGGUGGGCAUCGCAUCCACGGGAUCUGGAAAAACAUUGUCCUAUAUACUGCCCGCGAUAGUUCACAUCAAUAGUCAACCGAAAUUGAGUCGUAAAGAUGGACCUAUCGCAUUGGUAUUGGCGCCUACCCGAGAGCUCGCCCAACAGAUUCAGCAAGUCGCUGAUGAUUUCGGACAUUCGUCGGGUAUUAGGAACACAUGCCUGUAUGGUGGAGCGCCGAAAGGCGCUCAAGCCAGAGAUUUGGAUGGUGGUGUAGAAAUAGUCAUCGCCACACCUGGUAGAUUGUUAGACUUUCUCGAGUCCGGGAAGACAAAUUUGAAAAGAUGUACAUAUUUGGUAUUAGACGAAGCUGACAGGAUGUUGGACAUGGGAUUUGAGCCGCAAAUCAGGAAGAUCAUAGAACAAAUCAGACCAGACAGGCAGACGUUAAUGUGGUCGGCUACUUGGCCUAAGGAAGUAAAGAAUUUAGCAGAAGAUUUUCUUAAAGAUUACGCUCAAAUCAAUGUCGGUUCUUUGCAACUUUCAGCAAAUCAUAAUAUAUUACAAAUAAUUGAUGUGUGUCAGGACUAUGAAAAAGAGAAUAAAUUAAGUACUCUAUUGAAGGAGAUAAUGGCAGAAAGCGAGAAUAAAACUAUAGUAUUUAUCGAAACGAAGCGUAGAGUGGAUGAGAUAACAAGGAAGAUGAAGCGUGAUGGUUGGCCAGCAGUUUGCAUUCACGGUGACAAGACGCAGCAAGAACGGGAUUGGGUUUUACAAGAUUUCAGAUCAGGCAAAGCACCAAUUCUUGUUGCUACAGACGUUGCUGCGCGCGGUCUCGACGUUGAAGACGUCAAGUUUGUCAUCAAUUUUGACUACCCCUCCUGUUCUGAGGAUUACGUACAUCGUAUCGGUCGUACCGGCCGCCGGCAGAAGACAGGCACAGCGUACACCUUCUUUACGCCUAAUAACGCCAACAAAGCUAACGAUUUGAUACAAGUGUUGAAGGAAGCAAAUCAAGUGAUCAAUCCGAAACUGUUGGAGCUCGCUGACAGUAAAGCUGGCGGUUACGGUAGGAACAGAGGUGGUAGAAAUCGAUGGAGAACGCGAGGCGGCGGUGGAGGAGGUGGAGGCGGAGGUGGUGGCAGUCGUAACGGAAAAGACCGCAGUUACUCGCGAAGCAGAAGUCGGAGUUACAGCAGAGAACGCAAUGGCCGUGGCAGUCGACGGAGCUACAGUCGUAGCUAUUCACGGAGUCGUAGUCCCGUCAGCAAUCGUAACGAAGUUAUCGGCAAGAGUUACUGGAGUAGCGAGAGAUGAUCUUCCAGCGGCGGAUAAAGAAUACGUGUGCGUGACAAAUGCAGGUAAUUUUUUUUUUUUUUUUUUUUUUUUACCUCCGACCGAAAUCGGGUUGUAGUGAACUGUCGUCGCCCUCAAGGAGAUACUUGCUGUUUAAACGAUGACACCCUUCGUGCUGAAUUCGAUUAGGAGAAUAGGAGAGGCUGCUAUUAUCAUCUAACUUCUCGUGUACAACAGUCCUUAGUCCUCACCAACGCGCAUCGCCAUCAAUCGAAUUCGGCGAUUUGAUUGUCGACGUGCGAUAUAAUCGAUAGUUUGCUGACCACGUUUAUACGAAUUUUUAACGUCGGCUUUUAACAUAAAGCCGAUCGUCUUAGCUGACGUAAGUAAGAUAAAUCCUUAAUGCAGACAUACUUAUAAGGACACUAAAAUGUAUUCCGUAGUGAUAGAAGUAAUGGAAUGUGCUACCAUGUCUUUUACUUCCUUUUGCAUCCCCACGUUGCAUCUAAUUUCUUCCUUUUCCAAUGUUCUCAAUAUACACCGGUCUAUAGAUUAUUAGGUAAUGCAAAUCUAUAUUACGAUGCAAACUACUACGUUUAUACAUUUUUUAUAUAACGCUCCUUUUCGCAUACACUAUCCCGGUAAUAAGAAAGAGCUAGAUUGAUGUGAGCGAACGGUGUAAAUCUAAUCAUUAUGCGAACGGAACUUCCAGAGUAUAGCGGUGUUUAAUUAAUGCGUAUCUGUAGAUCGUAAUAAAUUAUAGAUGUCUUGCGCGCGCUUAUUUCUAAUUCAUCCGUCUGUAUUUAGGUAAUUACGGCAAAUGAUAGUAACACUCGAUGUACAGUAUUUCAACGACGUGAUAAAUAAAUUCAUAAAUGUCUACAUUAU